AUGCGCGAGGUCCGCAAGGCGGUCAAGUCGGGCAAGACUGUGGCGGUCGUCAUCGCCCCAAACAUUGACCUCGAGCAGGCCGAGUCCGAGGCUCUGGAGGAGCAGAUCACGGGGAUCCUGGACGCCAGCUCGGCCAGCGCCGUCCCCGUGGUCUUCGCGCUGUCGAGGAAGCGCCUCGGAGAGAUCUGGGGCUUCCGCAAGCGCAUGAGCGCCGUCGCCAUCCUUGACGCGGGCGGCUGCGACGAGCUGCUGGCUCGCGUGCUCGCGCUCGCGCGCCAGGGGCGCGCCCGCUGGGAGUCGGCGCGCGACGGCGGCGGCGGCGCGCGGGUCCCCGCGCCGGCCGCGCCGGCAGCGGACGCUGUUCCUUCGGCUGCCGGAGCGCCGUCGGCGCGGGUGCCGCCUCAAACGGCGCCGGUUGCGCAGGCGGCGGCUGCGGCGUCAUCGGCACAGGACGAUGACAACGAUGACGACGCUCUGUUGUAG